UAGAAAUGGCCUGUUACAAAUAGUUGCUCAAAAUUUAUUGACCUAAUUAGUUGUAACAAGCAUUAACAAGGCUAGUUACUAAUGUGGGCCUUGGUAAAUUCAAAAAACACGACUAAGAGGCCCAACUCUAUCUUAGCAGUUAUCCAAUUUUUUUCACCCUCCUUUAAACCCUGUCAUCUUCGUUUUCAAGAUGUAACCACAAGCCACUACCUUUUUUUUUAUUUUUUAUUUUUUAUUUAUUUUUUAUUUCCCAUCCGCUCUCUCUCCUCCCUGUAGAAAUCCCAUUCCUUUUUCUCUCUCCUCUAAAGCUACUCAUCCAUGGCUAGCAGUUUUUUGCUCCGAAGAAUCCGAAGGUGAAUUAUUUGAUGACAUAGAGAAGCAACUUGGUGAAAUGAAGAGCUUAAAGCCUUAAUGUGAAGUGUUAGUGGAGUGAAACGGUCUACUUUGAUAUGUCUACUCUUAGUGAUUAGUGUUUGCAAAGGAUUUAGAGCCUUUGCACAAGAUGAGGUAUCAAAUGGAGUCUCACAUGGAUAUUGGCACAAAUUUGGUGUAUGCUAUGUUGGCAUGGUCUCUGUCAAUUUUUUAUUCAAGGAUUCGGAGGAUGAAGAAGGCGGUGAAGGGGUGGAUUAUAGUGCAAAUUUCGUGACAGACAAGGUUUUUCGAACGUUUGAUGAAGCAGUUAGUUGGGCGGAUGCUGUUGCAAUAAAUCUGGGAUUUAUUUUGGUGAAAUCGUCUUUCAACAGACAGAGGGAUGGUCGACCAUAUCGAUAUUUAAGAUGUGAUCGGGGACGCAGGAGUAAGCCGAGAGAUCUUGAGAACACAAUAAGGACACGAAAACCAAAGCCAAUGGUUGUCCUUUCUACAUCAAGAUAUCUUACAAUUUUGUUGACGACUGUUGGUUUAUCACGGCGAAAAAUGAUGUAACUGGGACCCACAACCAUCCAAUGAUUGCGUAUCCAGAGGGGCAUCGUAAAAUAAGCGGGUUAAGCCCGGAAGCGAAGCAGGUUGUGCGUAACAUGACCAAGUCUAAGGUAGCACCGCGUAACAUCAUGGCGACUAUUGCCGAUCAAUUUCCUCAGGAUCAUCUAAACAUCAGACACAUCUACAACUGCCGAAAUGACUUCAGAACCGAGAUGUCAGAUGGGAGAUGAGUUGUUCAACAGUUUCUACAUUUGGCUAGACAGAGUCAAUAUGUGUACUGGGUAUUGUCGAUAAUGACGUUUUACAGCACGACUUCAUGGCGCAUCCAGUCAUGAUAGACAUCCUACGGACGUACCUGUAUGUGAUCGGUAUGGGUUCCACAUACAAGACCAACCGAUACGGAAUGCCGUUCUUUGAGAUAGUUGGUGUGACACCGACAAAUCAAAAUUUCCUCGUCGGUUACAUCUUCAUGCGCAACGAGUGCACGACCAGCUAUAGAUGGGUUUUGCAGAGAUUGAGAGACUUGAUCGGGUUUGAUAAGGAACCGUCGGUUUUCUUGACUGAUCGUGAGCUGGGGCUAGUUGCGGCAUUGAGGGAAGUGUUUCCAGGGACCUCGCAGUUACUUUGUCGAUGACAUAUUAACAAAGAUGUUGAGGCUCGUGUCACUGAUAUGUUCAAAAGCAAAAAGGUUGGUGCGACAUUCAAAAACGGGAGAUGGAAACGUGUGAUGGACGCUGCAACCGAGGAGGAUUAUGAGGCUGCUGUAGAGAUGAUGAAACUGAAAUGGGCAAGUUAUCCAAAGGUGAUAGAGUAUGUUGAGAGGACUUGGCUUUGUCAUAAAACAAAGUUUGUGACAUUUUGGACUAACCAAGUUCUUCAUUUUGGCAACACAAGCACAUGUAGAGUUGAGAGCCAGCAUUCGGCCGUCAAGAUGUGGUUUGAUUCUUUGACAAGUUCUUUGGAUACCGUAUGGGCCCGAGUUCAUUGUCACAUUGGUAAUCAGAUCAUCGCUAUUCGUAAUGAUUUGGAGGCAUCUAGGUCGAAGAUUGGUCAGAAGUACCGACAAUUGCCAUUGUCACGUAUUAACGGCAAGGUGUCUCAGCAUUGUUUGAAGAUUCUCGACAAGGAGACGAAAAGGAUGAGGGAUCUGAGUUAUCAUGUGUAUGAGCGUUGCGGAUGUGCAUUGCGGGUGACCCAUGGUUUGCCAUGUGCUUGUCAGAUACAUGAGUCUUUAGCUCGAGAGACGGGCUUGUAUAGUAGGCAAAUUCACCAGUUCUGGAAGACUUUGGUUAUCGGCAAUGGUAAUGACGGAACAACGUUCGGUAAUGACGCGACCGAGGACGCCACACAUUUUCGAAAUCUGAUGGACGAGGUACUUGGUAGUGACAAUGCUGUUCUACGAAAUGUGACACGCAUCAUUGAGGAAGAGCUACAUCCGGAUCAUGAUAACCUCCAAGAACCUCAUAUCAACCAUAGGGUGCGUGGUCGACAGAGGAACAACGGUACAAGACGUGAUCGGUCUUAUUUCGAACAUGCGAUUCGCCGAAACAGUCACUCUGGUCAACGACAAGAAGAAGAUGAAUCAGACAUCACCCAAAGCUGGUAUCGACACUUGAUUCUCGGACCGAUGUUGCCUUUCAUCACAGGGUGGAAAGAUGUCAUUGGCGAUGGUAACUGCGACUUUCGUUGUGUCGCCGAGUUCUUCUUUGGUGAUCAAGGCCGAUGGUAUGACGCUCGAGAAACAAUCGCUAACGAGGUCCUUGGUUAUCCAUCCCCGUACGAGAGGAUUUACGGGCUUGGAAGGCUUCAGAUAAAUGUGGAGCAUAUUCGAUGGGACGGUGGGGCGGUUGAUGCUCGUCAUUGGAUGGUUGCAAUUCAAGAUUUAUUUCCCAUUGCUACUUGGUUCAACGCAAUGGUUAUUAUUCUCGGUGUAGGCACCGUACCAACGUGCUUGUACCCAUGUCUCACUAUCUUGCCGUUGCGGGCUCGAAGAGGAGUCACGGCACCACAACGGGAGUUUGUCAUCGCUACAAUUUCUGCGUCACAUUUUAUAUUGCUUGAACUUGCACCAGAUUCCCCACUUCCCCCUAUUGCAGGUUGGUGGACCGAGAACCACGAACCAAGUGUUGAAGGUUGGGAUCACCGUUAUGUAGCUAGAAAGAACAUGUGGGAUGCGUUAACUAGACAAUAAACUUAUUGAUGUAACACGCAUGUAUGUUGAUGACC